CAGAACAAAACCAGGCAAUAAGACCAGCUAUGAACCACCAAGGGAAGAAGGAGAAAGUUGAACCAGUGGAGUCCCUCAGCCAGAGAAGAGAUCAGUUUGAAGCUUUCUUUUUCAACAAAGACCCAAGAGUUGGUAAAACAAUAACAGCAACACUGGUUUGUGGAGAGCUUGGUUUUACAUACAUUAAAAUGAAUGCUAGUGACACACGGAGCAAAAGGACUUUAGAAGAACAAAUUUCUCAUUCACUGAGCAAUAAAACCAUGGAUGGCUUUCUGUUGUCAAAUUUCUCAUCCUGUUUCGAACGAGGGUUCACAUCACCACGAUUAAAACAUUGGAACAUUGGAAAACGCCGCCAUCUUGAAUACAGCACGUGCUCAAGAAUCAUCACAUAGUUGCCAAGCAAGACGACGUUGACGUGACUUUGCGGUAAAUUCAGACACGUAUUAAUACAAACAUAUUUAUUGCUAGCAACCAAACCUAAUUACACGCGAGG